CCGGGGACAGGCGGGCUCCAGCUGUGCCGGGCGCGGGUUCCUCCCCCGCAAACGCGGGGAGCGCGGGGCGUGGCCAGGCCGGGCGGCGAGGCACAGGUCCCUCCCCGAAGUUGAGACAAAAGUUUGAGGCCGGAGACAGCGAGGCCGUGCAGUCAGCGUUUGCCCGGCGCUCCAGUUGUCCCUCAGAUGCGAGGCUGAGCCCGGGACGAGCCGCGUUCAGCCCUAGGCCACUGUGGGGAACGGAGGUGGCGCUUCCCCAGCAAAGCGGACCGACUGGAUCCGGCAACCGCAGGGAAUGACGCGGGUGCCCCUACAGCCCCGGCUCCGGGCGGGGAGGGCGAGACCCACAGCCGGCACCAAGACGCCCGCCUGGGCAGCACCGAUAAGGAGCUGAAGGCAGGAGCCGCCGCCGCGGACAGCGCCCCGACAGCGCCGGGGACCCCCUGGCAGCGAGGGCCUCGGGUCGCGGUUAUGGAUGCAGCGGGCGGCUCCCGGAACCCGCUCCCAAGGCCCUGCCGAGUGCUGGUGCUGUUAAAUCCGCGCGGGGGCAAGGGCAAAGCCCUGCAGCUCUUCCGGAGCCACGUGCAGCCCCUGCUGGCCCAGGCCGAUGUCUCCUUCACGCUGACGCUCACUGAGCGGCGGAACCACGCCCGGGAGCUGGUGCGGGCGGAGGACCUGAGACGCUGGGACGCGCUGGUGGUCAUGUCUGGAGACGGGUUGAUGCAUGAGGUGGUGAACGGGCUCAUGGAGCGGCCUGACUGGGAGACCGCCAUCCAGAAGCCCCUGUGCAGCCUCCCAGCCGGCUCUGGCAAUGCACUGGCCGCUUCUGUGAACCAUUAUGCCGGCUACGAGCAGGUGACUAAUGAAGACCUCCUGACCAACUGCACACGGCUGCUGUGCCGCCGGCUGCUGGAGCCCAUGGAUCUGCUGUCCCUGCAAACGGCCUCCGGGCAGCGCCUCUUCUCCGUGCUCAGCCUGGCUUGGGGUUUCAUCGCUGACGUGGAUCUGGAGAGUGAGAAGUUUCGGCGCCUGGGUGAGAUGCGCUUCACUCUGGGCACCUUCCUGCGUCUGGCGGCCCUGCGCACCUACCAGGGCUCCCUGGCCUACCUCCCUGUAGAAACGGUGGUCUCCAAGAUGCCCCCCUGCCCCGCUCGGGACCAGCAGGCCCAGCAGGGCCCUGUGGACGCCCACCUGGUGCCCCUGGAGGAGGCAGUGCCCUCUCACUGGACGGUGGUGCCGGAGCAGGACUUCGUGCUGGUGCUGGCACUGCUGCACUCACACCUGGGCAGCGAGAUGUUUGCUGCACCCAUGGGCCGCUGUGCGGCCGGCGCUAUGCAUCUGUUCUACGUGCGGGCAGGUGUGUCGCGGGCCACACUGCUGCGCCUCUUCCUGGCCAUGGAGAAAGGCAGGCACAUGGCGUGUGACUGUCCCCACUUGGUGUAUGUGCCCGUGGUUGCUUUCCGCCUGGAACCCAAGGACAGGAAGGGUGUGUUUGCUGUGGAUGGGGAACUGAUGAUCAGCGAGGCUGUGCAGGGCCAGGUGCACCCAAACUACUUCUGGAUGGUCAGUGGCUGCAGGGAGUCCCCACCCUCCCUGGAGCCACAGGCCUCACCCAGCCAGAGGCCACCUCCAGCGGAGCACUUAUGACUCCGCGGGCCUUGCCGUGCCUUCGUCUGUCUACUUGGUUUCCUCUGAGCUUAGGCCCCUGCCCCCCCCCACCCCGAGACUGGAGGGACUGUCCACAGCUCACAUGGCGGGUCGGGAGGAGGAGGAAGGCUCCUGGAGAAGGCUGGGAAGGACGGUUCUGCCCACCAAAGGCCAGGAUGAGGUGCUGGGCUAGGAGCGUGGAAGCCACCAUGUUUUGUUUUGGGAGCCCCACCUCUUGAAUCAAAUCCAAAUAAAGCAACAUUCCCAGC